AUGACUCGAGUUGCGCAGCUCGACUCUUUAGCGCUUGAUAAAGAACUGUAUGGACAAUUCUGGUCUGAAUUCAAUGCGGUGUUCAACACGGAUGGGCACAAGGAAGAAUGGGAGCUGGUAGUGAACUCGUUGGUGUUCGUGUGUGCGACAAGGUUCUUGCCGCAGUGCGACUCUAGCAGCACGUAUGGAUCCGCGCUUAGUGGAGUGGCUUUCCGAUGCCGGAAACGCACCUUAUAUGUGGUUACUAUCUUGGCUAGGUACGUAUGGAAGAAGAUCACACACGCUGUUUUCAACGGCAGCCACGGUGGGGACCAGGUGGUGUGGCUGAAGCUGUACAAAUGGCUUGAGUUGUUAUACCGUGGCUGUGAUGUUAGCAACUUCCUGAGGUUUUUGACAGCGGAUGGCGCCGAUACAAGAUCGUUCUUGUCGCCCUUGUACCGGGUGUUUAAUGUUUAUUCGACGCGAUUGGUAGGCGAUGGCCCUGCAGGUAUCUCCGAUUUCUAUUCAAACUCAGUAUUUGCUGGGUUGGAAUUCCAGAACAGGCAAUUGUUAUGGAAUGCGCUACUGGAACUCUUCUCGAAAACAUUGCUUACGAAAAGAGGACUUUUGCCCUUUGCCAGGAGGCCGCCAAGGCCUCGUUCUGGUGCCACAUUCAAGACGGUCUGCCCCCAUUGCGAGAGUUUCCCGACCAACCCCUACCAGAUUGCUUGUUGCCGCGCAAACUACUGUUAUGUAUGCGUUGUUAAGGCGCUAGAAUGGUCUAUGUGUGAUGCCUGCGGUGCCUCUGGGGCGUUAACUGCUAAGUCAGUGUACUAG